UUUGUCAUUGCUUUCUCUUGGAAUGUUUUGAAAGGCAAGCAAGCUCUCUGCCCAUUCGCAGAAGCAGAGGAUUGAAGCAAAAGGCUAAGGAAGGAUGGAGCGAGGGCACACAAAAACAGACCCCUAAAAAGAACGUGAGCCCUCUGCUCGAACUAGUCCGCAAACGACCGAAUUGCUAUGCUACAGUUGCAUAGAAUGAAGAACCAUGGGAGCGUCAAUGGCGGUGGCAGGCCAUCUGCGGAUGAAGACCAGGUCAACGAAGAGGAGGACAUCUCAAGGUUGGCCAUAUCGACUUUGCAAGCUCGGGAAGAAGAGAUUGCGAGGAAGAAGAUGGAGGUCAAGGAGAGAGUGGAACUUCAGUUGGGGCGUGCCGAGGAAGCGACAAGGCGGUUAGCUCAGAUUUGGGAGGAUCUGGAAGAGCUAGCAGACCCCUUGAGGAAGGAAGUCGCGACCGUUCGCAAGAAGAUUGAUGUGGUCAUUCGCGAGCUAAAGCCGCUCGGACAGAGUUGCCAGAAAAAGGAAAAGGAGUACAAAGAAGCCAUGGAAGCUUUCAAUGAGAAGAGCAAGGAGAAGGCUCUACUAAUGACCACAUUAAUGGAGCUUCUAUCAGAGAGUGAGAAGUUGCGGAUGAAGAAGCUUGAGGAGCUGAGCAAGAAUGCAGAGUCUGUGCAUUGACAUAUGAAGAUUCUUCCUGAUAGAAGUGAUCAAGCUAUUCUCAUUUUAAUGCUUGAUACUAUUGUUUCUAUUUGAUCUCACAAGGAUGUAUUUGAACUUUUUCUGUUCUUGGUGAAUGAAUAUUUAUUAUUUAGAGCGAGAACAAUUGUAUUUGAACAUUCGAAAGCACACUGAGCUGUGUA